AUGACUGACACCAUCCCCGCCAUUAAUAAAAAAUGCUCCCUCGUCAAUAUUUAUAACUCAUGUAGCCAAGAAGAAAGAGCUCAAACAUGGGCUGCCAUUGCCGAAUUCCAAAACACCGCUCGUUUGCCUUGCCUCAUAAUAGGAGAUUUCAACGAAAUCCUUGAUGCUUGUGAAAGAGGUAGCAACAUUAUUUCAAGUACAGGCACACAUGAUUUUAGAUCUUUUUUGCAGGACCUUCACCUUCUUGAAAUCCCCUAUGCAAAUGGGAAGUUUACGUGGUUUAGAGGUAACUCUAAAAGCAAACUAAACCGCCUCUUUGUCACCACUGAAUGGGUGGGCUUCUACCCAGGGCUCAAACUUUCGCUCCUCAAGCGCAAUGUCUCGGACCACUGCCCUCUACUUGUGACUAUUCUUGACCAGAAUCGGGGAUCGAAACCGUCCCGUUUCCUUAAAUGUUGGCUGACACAUCCAGGGUGUUUGAAGACUGUAAAAGAAUCAUGGGCCCAGGACCAAAACUUGCCAAUCACCGAGAAACUAAAAGUAGUCAAGCAAUCUCUGAAAUCAUGGAACAUUAACCAAUUCGGGGAAAUUGUUAUGAACAUUGACUUGCUGGAGAACAAACUGCUUUGCUUUGAUAAAAUUGCAAGCGAGAGAGACCUAAAUGAGCAAGAACUAACCGAAAAUAAGACUACACAAUUGGAACUCUGGAGUUGGAUGAAGCGCAAAGAGAUGUAUUGGGCCCAACAACCCGGGUCCAAGUGGCUCAAAGAGGGGGACAGAAACACCAGAUACUUCCACACAAUAGCCUCCAUCAGGAAGAGAAAGAACUGCUCUCAUACCAAAAACUGA